GUCCCUCUGGAGGCGGCCCUUGAUGCCUGGAAGCCAUGCGAACAGGGCAGGGCAGACUAGGACGAAGGGCCGGUCGAGGCGGACCUCACGGGUGCCUCCUCGCGUCUCCUGUCGACACCUCGGUGAUGCCAGACAAUGGAACUUGUCGACACCGGACGGUCAUCACACACCUUCAGCAUUGCGGCGCUCAUGGCGGCCGACCCUGGCGAAGCGGCCGCGUCUUACCUGCCGUCUUAUCCAGAGGACAACGCCAUCGGCGAUUGGACGUAUGGAAGCACGCCAGUUAAGGAUAUGGAAGCAUGCUUGCUGACGAGCACAAAAGACCGCCCUAGUCUGGCCGACGCAUUUCGAACGACAACCGAAUUUUCCGACUGCAAAGAAGAAUGUAUCUCCAAAUCGGAACUGGAUAAUGCGCUGGAGAGGGAGUCUCCGCUUCCCACAGAGUCCGGAGAGAAGAAGCCCAUGCAUCCCAAGUUAGUGAGUGUCGGUGCUACUCUCGAGAUGAAGAACCUUUGGGAUGAAUUCAACGAACUCGGCACCGAGAUGAUCGUCACCAAGGCUGGAAGGAGGAUGUUCCCCACGUUCCAAGUGAAACUUUACGGUCUGGAUCCCCACGGGGACUACAUGCUCAUGAUGGACUUCGUACCCGUGGAUGACAAGAGGUACAGGUACGCCUUCCAUAGCUCCAGUUGGAUGGUGGCGGGCAAGGCGGAUCCCAACAUGCCUCCGCGGAUCCACGUUCAUCCGGACUCGCCAGCCAAAGGGGCGCAGUGGACAAAGCAAGUGGUGUCCUUCGAUAAGCUCAAGCUCACAAACAACCAGAUGGAUGACAACGGGCAUAUAAUACUGAACUCGAUGCACCGAUACCAGCCAAGGUUUCAUGUAGUGUAUGUCAACCCCAAGGGAGAAGAUGCUUCCAAGACGGAGAACUUCAAAGCCUUCGUGUUUCCAGAAACGAAAUUCACGGCGGUCACUGCGUAUCAGAACCACAGGAUUACGCAGCUGAAGAUCGCGAGCAAUCCUUUUGCCAAGGGCUUCCGAGACUGUGAUGCGGAUGACUGGUCGAUGCCUCCGGGAGUGGCCGACAUCCUGAACCACCAUUUGCCCACGACAAAGAUGGCGAAGACACAUCCGAGGCCUGCUUCUAUCCAGCAAUUAUUUGGGGUCACGCACGGGGUUUCUUUCACAAAGACAGAAAAACAAGAUGAGUCUGACCAGCUGCCCGGCGGACCCCUGUUUCCCAGGGUGCUGACCCCGGGGAAUCUCCCGGUGACCAUGGCAGGCCAAGGCCCCGUGGGGCAGCCGUACUCUUCGGACUUUUGCAACUAUGCCCCAACGUACGACAGCUACGUCUACCAAAUCAAGUCACGAGCUUCCCCUUACAGCCGUCCCCACGUGCCUUACACGGGAUAUCCCGCCACGCAAAGCUACGGCGCUCUGUAUCCCUCCCGAACGAAGCAGACGCCUGGCUACGACUAUUCUACGAGAUGAGUAAUUUUAACGAUGUACAGAAAGAUUAUAUCAGAGUGGAAUGUUAUGCCCGGGAAUUUUGUGCAAUAUUAUUGUAAAUAAAACUGUGUGCAGAAGGAGA